AUGGAAGGGGCAGCCGAAGAUCGUGAGAUUGAAAUCACGUUAAAAGAAGAGCUUGCAUCGGAACAAGCGGCCAAACAAGCUCGAUUGAAAGAAGAAAUGGAGCAAGCGCGUUUGAGUGCAUUGAGCCAUGGGUACAACGUCGUUUCGAACAGACGACAAACACAAAUCCUGACCGAAUCAUUCAAGAACCGGGAAAAACUGUACGCGGGUAUGGACUUCCGAACAGCCAGUUGGAACCCAACAGUUCCCCGCAUCGACCAAGUGGGCAUACGAUUUGCUACAUCCGUUUUGACGCAACCAGAAGCCAAAUCCAGCAAGGGGAGCACGACCUCCUCUUCUCGGCCCAAGGACGAGAAAGGAUGGAAACCGGAGUUUGGCACAUGGAGCGAUGGAAUCAAGCGCGCCUCGUUGGAUGCCAUAGCCCCCCUUCCGGUUGACCCCUACAAAGAAAUGACGCUCGACGAAUGCCGUAUCUGCCUCUCCUGGCUGGAGAAUGUGUUCCGAAUGCUAAACGUCAAGAUCAGAGAAGCGGAAGACGACGAAGUCUACACGUGGUAUUUGGAAUCAUACUUGGUGGUCGCGGGCUCUCGAGAAUACCUGGCACUCAACCAAAAACUCGUCAAGAUGAUAUCUCUGCUGCACUACGUGGUCCAGUACAGCCAAUCCUGCUUCCGUGAGUCGCGGCGACAAGAGGCGGCUUUGUGGAUUCAUCAAAACACCGACAACACCGACCCAUCUGCGCCGCCCCUCGAAGUGCGAAGUAUGUCCUCCCACUCCCACGCUACUGACACAGUGAACGACUCCCGAAGCCCCAGCCUACCGUCGUACUUCAAGAAACCCGAACUCGAAGGAUCAUUUACUCAACGAACAAGCGUCUCAAACCCGCGAGUGGCAUCACGUGGAAUGGUGUACCAUGACUUGGCGGAACAACCGGCGGACGUAGCACCGUCAAUCAAGAAUGAGUCCGUUACACCGAGUCGACGCAGCUCUGCCCAAGCCUCUAUUGGUACGAGAGACACCAUGCAAAGUGCGGACCCGGUGCUACCACAGACCACAGUUGGCAUGGUGACUUCAAUGUUGGAGCAAAAAUUGGACCAGAAGAUGGAGGGCAUUCGGGCCACGUUGGAAGCGUUGAUGGCAAGCCUUCCGACAACUGCAUUACCUCGUCCUUCAACAAGCCAGUCGCAGCAUCGAUCAAGAGUUUCUGGCAACCCGAGAUCCCCUGGUGACCCUGGACUCGCGGGGGGCGCCGGUAACAUAGGUCCGAACCUGACUGUCGGAAACCUCGAUGGGUCAAGAGUUUCUAGCAUUUCCCAUUCCAACUCCGCCAACUUAUCGACAGCAUCGAAUGUCAAGACGUAUACGUUGGAAGAGCUACGUGACAUCUUCAACCAAUUUGGGUUGUCCACAGGCCAACAACACCUCCCUCAAAAAAAGGCUUCCUCAUGGAUUACAGCAAAGCCACAAUCAGACCACUGCCAUGGAUCGACCCACAAGCGCUGGAAGCAUUACGAACCCUCCGACAACUUCUCUGGCGACCCAGAUCCCCCAGGGAACCCAAGGAACCCCGGGAGACAUGGGGAAGGUGGCAACCCUGGGUACGGCGGGGACGAUGAAGACCUCUGGGAUAACUUGCCGUCGAUGGGACACCAAGGAGCUAUGCACGUGCUAUCCAUGGAUUCUCUACCCGUCUUCUCCGGCAGCGAAGACAACCGCGAGGCGUCGGUGGACGGAACAAGAAAAGAUAGCUUGGUUCUCUUCGUACCUGAGCAAGACUGUGCGAGCCUUUUUCAACAACUGCAGCCCCAUUACAAGCAGUCGUGGAAGGAUAUCAAGAGAAAGUUUGCAAAGGAAUGA